UCCUCCUUGUGUUGGCUCACACCUGCCUCGUCUUGGCUGCACACUUUUGAGUGCAAUUACCCCUCGGCCUCCGGAGUGGCACUGCGAACAUUCCCCCUUCUGGAUUGUGGGAGACGAACACAAAAGCACAGCGUGCUCUAAAGUACACAGGCAUCUCAAGCCAACGACAGCAGCAUGAAAUCGGCCUGUCUCUUCCUGCUCCUGGGCACGGCCUGCUGGGCCCUGCCCUUCCGCCAGACUGGCUUUCUGGACUUCAUGAUGGAGGACGAGGCGGGGUCCGGACUGCCCGAGGUACCCGUGGACCCCGAACUCAGCGUGCCCCCCGUCCCGGAAAGUCCCCAGUGCCCCUUCAGGUGCCAAUGUCACCUGCGGGUCGUGCAGUGCUCUGACUUGGGUCUGACGACCAUUCCGGAUAAAAUCCCCUCGGACACCACCCUUCUUGACCUGCAGAACAACAAAAUCACAGAGAUCCGGGAGAACGAUUUCAAGAACCUGAAGGGCCUGCAUGCGCUCAUUCUGGUGAACAACAAAAUCACCACCAUCCACCCCAAGGCCUUCAUGCCCCUUGGCAAGCUGCAAAGGCUCUACCUGUCCAAGAACCUCCUGAAGGACAUGCCCACCAACAUGCCCAAGAGCUUGCAGGAGCUGCGCAUCCACGAGAACGAGAUUGUCAAGAUCAAGAAGACCGCCUUCGAGGGCCUGGCCAACGUCAUCGUCAUGGAGCUGGGCUCAAACCCACUCAAGAGCUCUGGGAUUGAUGCCGGAGCCUUCGGUGACCUCAAACGGGUCUCCUACAUCCGGAUCUCCGACACCAACAUCACUGAGAUCCCCAAAGGCCUCCCAGCCUCCCUGUCAGAGCUCCAUCUGGACGGAAACAAGAUCACCAAGGUCCAUGCAGACAGCCUCAAGGGCCUGAAAAACCUGCUCAAGCUGGGCCUGAGCCACAACGAGAUCAGUGUUGUGGAGAACGGAACCAUGGCCAUGGUGCCUCACCUGCGAGAACUGCACCUGGACAACAACAUACUGACCAGCGUGCCCGCAGGCCUGCCUGAGCACAAGUACAUCCAGGUGAUCUAUCUCCAUAGCAACAAGAUCUCGGCAGUGGGCACAGAGGACUUCUGCCCCCCUGGCUUCAACACCAAGAAGGCCAUGUACUCAGGGAUCAGCCUGUUCAGCAACCCUGUUCCCUACUGGGAGGUCCAGCCAAUCACCUUCCGCUGCGUCUUCGACCGCUCUGCCAUCCAGCUCGGAAACUACAGGAAGAAGUAGACCGUCCCCCGGACUGAACAACCGCUUCGUACCACUGUGCUGCACCCCCCCCCCACGCCCCUCGCCCCUUGCC